AUAUAAUAGAGAAAAUAUUUAAGUAAAUCUAGAUGUAAAGCGUUAAUUUUUUCAUCAUAAACUCAAAAAACAGAACAUAAUUAACACAGAGAAUAUUGUUAAUAAACUGUUAAUGAAAGUUUCGGUGCAAACAACUGAAAAUUUGUCGUAUGACAAAUGUACAAUUAACUUUUCGGGCUCAUGUUCCGUCCAUUAAGUACGUGAACGGAACACUGUAUAGUUGGAAUUUCGCAACGUGGUAUCUAACGUGGUGAUGGCUAACGCCAUCCCUUUAUCUGUACCAAAACUUUUCACAGAAUAAGAAUCGCAGACGUCUUUUUUCUACUUGAGGUUUCUAUUCUGCGCAUCCACUUUGCGCAAACACUUGUGCAUAUAAGGAAUAAAAUAGGAGUUAGCAGUCUAAUGUAUUAUAUAGACGUCUGUGCUUAGAACAGAUUUUUAUAUACUGUAACUAUAACUAUAUAGACUGCUCACUUUGUAGCCUUGUUUGACGUCAAAUAGUGCUUUCGAUAGGAGCUACCAUUUUCAAGCUCUACCUACUCACUCAUAUUUAAAUCAUAUAAUACAUAGAGUCAAGAUGAUGCUACAAAUGCUUUAAAGCAUUUGAUUGACCAAUCAGAAAAAGAAUUUUACAAAUUGAUCAAUCAGAAAAUGCUUCAAAGCAUUUGUAAUAUCAUCUUGACCGUACCCAUAGUCACAUGGUACCCUCAAAUCACGUGAUAUACUCACAGACAGUAUACAUAUGCAUAAGUGGACCACGACAAGAAUAGCUCAUCACUAUUGUCUCUUUCUGUCAUGCAAAAUAAUCGAAAUGAACAAUGUAUAGGCCUAUUCUUUUCAGUUAAACUUUUUGCAUGGUUCAUGUUGGAGAAAAAAAAGAGAAAAAAUGAACGAUGCAAGAAAUUCAAGCUAAAAAGAAUCAGAACAAACCUUAGUUGUAUUCCGAUGUAGACUAGCUGUUAUUAAAAAUCUAUAAUAUACCUAACAAAACUAUAGAUUUUCACGAUCGAGUAAUAAAAACUUUUUGCGUGAGUAAAAAAGAUCAAAGCGUAACGAAAUUAUACCAAUUUCAGUCGCGAUUUAGGGAUUAAAAAUAAAACAAGAAAAGAUAGACUGAUGUUCUUUAAAGGUUUCUGCCGAACAUAUAGAGCGUAUUUUAAUGGUAAUCGCGUUCAAAUUCGUUUGUUUUACGGAAAGUUGCAAAUAAAAUAUUUGUAAUAAAAAAUAAUUAAAAAAAAUUUUAAGACACAUGUAUAAUAAUAUAACAUAAUUAAAUGUUUUUUCAAUUUAUUUUAACUAAAAUAAUAAAUUCAACAAUUCCACGAUACAAAAGAUGGAAUGAAUAGAGAUAAAUCAUCAAUUUUGAUCACAAAUUGAAAGCAGAACACAAUUGACGCAUUGUCGCUAAAUUCCCUAAACAAUAAAUAAACCACAAGAUUUAGCGCUUUUCUCAUCUUUUGUCACCGACUUCAAUGUCCUUUAGUUUUUAUUUUAGUAAACAUAAGACAUCUUGACUGUCUAUUAUCGAUCCUAUUGUAUUCUAACAUCAGUUUCGAAAAAGUCGUUUUACCAUUUACAGUUAAAACUAAACUGGACAACUAUUAUUAUAUAUCGUCGAUAUUUCCGCUAAUUUGUUAAAAUUUUCUUGCCUGGUGAGCGACAAUUUUUGUAACUCGUAUUGGGACUACUUGAUGGGACUGUGUCGAUAGCUUGAGAAUUAAUUAAAGAUGUUGACAGACGCUUGCUUCAAAUUUGCCCUCGAAAGCCUAAAAAAGUGUAUGAUGAUGGAGCCGAAAACUAACGUCUUUUUUAGCCCGCAUCUUUUAUAUCACAAUCUACUCGUUAUAUAUUUCGGGACUACAAACGAAAUUGAAGAGUCUCUUAGAAAGAUCCUCAAUAUUCCCGAUGACAUAUCUAAAGCCUUCCUUCAGCAAUACUAUUUUAUAUGUGGUUACAAUCAAUUUUGUUACAUAAUCAAUGGAUCCGAUAGACCCACUGAUGAACCCGAGAGCUAUCACUAUACAUGUCGAAUUUUCAGUAGAAUUUGGACGAGUGAAUGCAAAAGGAUGUACAUCGAGACAAUGAAUUUAUUCUCAUCUGGCCAUCAGUUGAAGGAAAUCACUUUCCAACUUCGUCCCGAGCAUGCAAGAAAUUUCUUUAAUAACAGUAUUAAAUCCGUAACACAAGGUCGCAUAGAGAACCUGCUUGGGCCGGAGAGUAUACAUGUCAAGACUGAAGUAGUCCUGUUUAAUGCGAUCUACUGCAAGGGCCAAUUAAGCGGCAGUUUUGAUUUUGACAUCAAUAAUUGCCAGAAUAAAAAAAAUGGCAGAGUCAGACAAAUGCUUAAGAACGAGAAUCUCAAUAAAGACAAGUCUUCUUCAGAAAAGUCUCUGCUAGAGGCAUAUAUUAUGGAGGUACCAUGUAAAGAGAAGGAUAUAUCAACGUUCUUCUUCUUCCCGUCGCAGACUUUGGAAUCUGACAAAAGUAAUCCGACAGAGAGUGAUAAAAUUAUCAAAUUGAUAGAACAAAUGACGACCGAGAAAGGAUCUGAGGAACUUCGCAGACUGCUGGAUAAUGGGCUAUCACAAAAGACGAACUUGGUGUUUCCGAUAUUCAAGCUCGAGCAAGAUCUGCGAAUGUACGACCUAUUGGAUUCGCUGGGCCUUUCGGACAUUGCGCCAUUAGGCGAGGUCGAUCUGACUGAGUUUACUUGCUUGCCCAUGAUGCUCGGCGAUGCCGUGCACCGUAUCAGUAUUAAUCUGACGAGUAGUGAUAUCACCGUGGCCGCGGCUAACGUAUUCAUCACCGAAAAUGAAUGUCAACACGAGCGUAAAGACACCGACCUGGAUGUUCUCUUCCCAUGUGUUUGUCUGAUCUACAAUCGAUCCCGUAGCAACAUCCUUUUCUGUGGCGUGUUGCUGGGAAAUUAACGAAAGUAAAGUCAAAGAUAUUUCUGUAUUUAUAAAAUGAGAGACAAAGCGAAAGUUUAGCUAAAUUAAUUUUUUUUAUGGAGAAAUUGUCUCCUGUAAAAACUUUUAGGAAUUUAAACUUUUGUAAAAUGACCUGUUUGAAUAACAUAAAUUUUAUCGUGACUCUUUUUUAUUAAGUGUAUAAAAAGAAUUGUAUAGAACACUGCUUGUGCGAAAAGUGUGCGAAAUACAACUUAUAGUUUUAUUCAAAAAA